CAGCCGACUUCAACUUCUGUCAAUGUGCAAGAUCUGAAAUUAAGUAUUUACAGAUCAUCAUAAUUAUCACGAUCUCAAAAUCAACACUCGAAUAUUCCUUAAUCUCUAUUAUUAUAUUUCAAGAGUCUAUUUCAAUAAGUUGCUUCAUGGGAAAACACGCAAAAGAAAAUAGUGAUUUCCCAUCUGAAAAUGAUCUCCCUAUAAAUUGACAUCUUCUCUACAUACUCUCAUAAAUAUUAGAAAGAUUACUUUCUGAUAUAGCUAGAGCGAUGGAAGCAAAAACUUGCAAAAUAUUCCAAUCCUCAUUUCUCCUCGCCUUCUUUUUCCUCAUUUCUUAUAUGCAAACGGCGGUUGUUGCAGCUUCAACUGAUAAAACUUCUUCAAACACCUACAAAAUCUACAUCCUCAAAUCCUGCAAUUCAACAACCUAUCCAAAUGACUGCUACAACAGUCUCAAACCCUAUUACAAUAAAAUAAAAAAUGACCCUUUAAAGCUCUGCAAAACCUCCUUGAAGGUAGCGCUAAGGACCGCCCGUAACACUUCUGCUCUAGUAUCGAGCAUAAAGAAGCAAGGAGGGCUGAGUUCUGCAGAAGAAGGAAUUGUGAAAGAUUGCAUUGAUGCAAUUGGCGACAGCGUUGAUGAGCUGAAGGAUUCAUUGGACGAAAUUGGGAAUUUAGGAUCUGGGUCGAAUCUUGAGUUUCAGAUAGAUAAUAUAAAAACGUGGGUUAGCGCUGCCAUAACAAAUGAGAGCACUUGCACAGAUGGAAUUGACGAAGGGAAGGUUAGCAAAUCUGUGAAGAACAAAAUCAGAAAGAGCGUUGUGAAUCUUGCUAGGCAGACAAGCAACUCUUUGGCUCUUAUCAACAGUAAUCUUAAAUAUUACAACUGAAUUUCUACCUAUUAAUAGUUUUUGGUGUGUUGUUCUUUUAUUUCUUUUAGCCAGAAAGUUUAUAGAGAUAGAUAUUCAGUUCUGUUUAAUAUUUCUGAAUUACAUGGCUUGUUGUAACCAGAAGUGGCUUUUAAAAAUGAAAAAGAAAAUCUUUUGUAUUAA